UAUAAAUGAAAACCUUCACGUACAUGCAACUCACACGGACUAAUUUCUAAGAAAUAAAAAUUUUACUAUUAUAGGUCUUAUCUGGGCAUAUAACAUGGGUACCACAUUUUACACUGCCUACAAGAAGUUGAAUGGUCAAACGCCCCUACGACAUGGGCUUAAAGCCUAAACCAGAGGCCCAAUAACACAUUACAUUUCAGUUUUCAGAGUCGAAUCAUCCGCAGAAGCAGAGGGACGCCAAAACCAAAUCCAAGACAAUCAGCCAAACCAUUUGACAGCUGACACCCAACCCUGCUUUGUGAGCCAAAUGAUAUGCGGGCUCUCUCCCACCCGUUCAGCGGCAGCAUCAUCCUCAAUCCAAUGCGCUCUGACAAAACAAGGCCACCGCUUCCUCUCCACCCUCUCCAUCAACGCCGGCAACGCCUCCGCCGCAAACAAGCUCAUCGGAAAAUUCGUAGCAAGCUCACCCAAGUCCAUUUCCCUCAAUGCCCUCUCACAUCUCCUCUCUCCUGACACCACGCACACCCACCUCACAUCCCACUCCCUUCACUUGUAUUCAAAGAUUAGAGAAGCUUCUUGGUUCGUGUAUAGCCCCAAGCUAGUUGCAGCCCUCGCAGCAUUGCUUGAUAAACAAGGACGAUAUAGCGAAGCGGAAGCCUUGAUCGCGGAAGCGGUUUCGAAGUUGGGCCAUCGACAGCGAGAGCUUGCAGUCUUCUAUUGCAGCUUGGUUGAGUCGCACUCUAAGCAAAGUUCGAAGCACGGCUUUGAUAGUUCCUACGCUUAUUUGUAUCAGCUUCUUCGUGAUUCUUCGUCUGCUUAUGUCAAAUGCCGAGCAUUUGAGACGAUGGUUGGGGCAUUAUGCACGAUGGAUCGGCCUUGUGAAGCUGAGAGUUUGAUGGAGGAAAUGAGACAUAAAGGUCUCAAGCCGUCAGUUUUCGAGUUUAGGUCUUUGGUUUAUGGCUAUGGACGGUUAGGAUUGUGGGAAGACAUGCUUAGAACUGUGAACCAGAUGGAGAUUGAAGGGCUUGUAAUUGAUACAAUUUGUUCGAAUAUGGUUCUCUCGUCGUAUGGAGCCCAUAAUGAGCUUCAACAAAUGGUGUUGUGGCUUCAGAAAAUGAGAACUUCAAGCAUUCCUUUCUCAAUCAGGACGUAUAAUUCUGUGUUAAAUUGGUGCCCAACCAUUACAGCAAUGCUACAAGACCUGAAGGACAUUCCGCUUUCCAUGUAUGAGUUGAACGCAACUUUGAGAGGUGAUGAGGGUCUGCUGGUUAUGGAGCUAGUCGGAUCAAGCGUUUUGGAGGAGGUAUUGGUGUGGGAUUCUUUGGAGGUCAAGUUGGAUUUGCAUGGAAUGCAUUUGGGGUCAGCCUACUUGAUAAUGUUAGAGUGGAUGGAAGAGAUGACACGCAGGUUCAAUGACGGGAAUCACGGCAUUCCGGCUGAGGUUGUGGUUGUUUGCGGAUCGGGGAAACAUAGCAAUGUCAGAGGGGUUUCACCGGUGAAAAUCUUGGUUAAAGAGAUGAUGGUUCAGAUGAAAAGUCCGAUGAAAAUUGAUAGGAAGAACGCUGGAUGUUUCCUUGCUAAAGGGAAAACUGUGAGAGAUUGGUUAUGCUGAUCAAGGAAGGAGACUCGAAUACUGUGAGAUAAAGUCAAAGCCACGUUCGUACUCCAAGCAAAAACUGACGCCCAAGCCAUGUUAACUCAUGACAGCCUGAGCUCGAGAAGCCAAAUAUCAAAAAGAACGGGGUACUCAGAUAUGGAAACCAAUUAUCUGCCCUUGGCUCUGAUCCUAAUUUUUCUGACUUGAGAUAUCUGGAAGUCCUUACCCAAUUUGAGGAAGGUGUCAUCAGGCAUGUCAUGUCUCAAUCUUCCACCUACAAUGUAAAAGAAGUACACUAACUAUGAGUUCAACUGAUUCUAAGAAAUAACUUGUUAAUCUUUUUUUAAUAAAAUAUAACUUGUUUUCUA